AUGUACGUCUCGACCCGCGAGGGCGGGACCUGUGCCUUCCGCACUCCCAAUCCCAAGGAACUGCACGAGAUGGAGUGGCAGAUUGGCAUUGGCCGGGCGGGGAAGUUUGUCAAGGAGGAGCAGGUUGUCCCAGCCACUCCGCCAUCCCAAGCGGCAGACGCGAGCAACUGCAACGACAACACCGAAGCCGAGAGAGGCCGGGUACACGGCCCGGGUGUGAGAAGACCUACAUAUGUCUUCCGCGCUCUCAAGAGUGGAAGAGAUGCCAUGCGAAUCCAAGACCCCCGAGAACGCCGACCCGAGAACCGGCGUCGCGUUUGGCUUACCAACAUGUUCGGUCUAGAGACUGCCCUGUCUUUGCGCGAACGCCCCGAUCCGAAGCCGGUACCACUACCCGAGGGUUGUGUGACGCCGCAUCCGAUCUUCGCCCGGAAGUUCUCCUUGAUAGCCGACAGCCAGCCUCUGCCGCCUUCUCUUUCUCACGAGAUGAUGCCCACGGCGGAUACCAAGGCCAGGAAACUCCUGGCAGAUGCUGCAGUACAGGGUGUGAUGGGUCCUUCGUAUGAGUUUCGCGGCCCAUUCACCCCUCAGCUCGGCUUUGACGGCGGAUUGGACCAUCGGCAGGUCGUUCUUGAGCCUUGUACUGCGCCAUCCCGCGCAAACGGCCGAGCACUUCACCACAAGACUGCCAGUCCUCGCCGACAGGCCGACGUCGAGUCCCCCAGGCAAACGAGGACACCGAGGUCCCAACGGGGCCACGAUUGGUUCGGACUGGAUACCGCUUACCCUGGGCCCAACCUUCCAAGCCACAGUCCCCAGGCGCGAAGUGCUGGUCCCGACAGCUUGCCGGGCACCGCCUACAGCGAAGCGACGAAGCGCGACUCCAGACCCCAUCCUCAGCCCAGCAACAACUGGUUCGGCCUCGACGGCGCCGCGGACGACUGUGUCGACUCGAGGCCGUCAGAGGUAGAUCGCGUGCGUUGCAGGAGCAUGGUGCGUAGCCCAUGCGGGGUUGCCGCUAAGGACGACGGAUCUCACGCGCCAGCGGAUUUUGGGUUGAACGUUCCGUCCACCUGGUCUGCUGCGCGUCAUUCGGAGCAGUGGCAGCAAGCAGUCAGCUUCUCCAACACUGGCGGGAAGCUUGGUGUUCCUGAUCAUCGAUGGCUGGUCGACGACAAUCCAAGGAUACACCCUGUCCGCAUCGUCGACGAAGAGACCCACAAACUGCGGCAUGCUCCAUCGCUCGAUCAACUUCGCAGCCCAACUCUUUCGGCCAAACGCGCUGACUCGAUCCUGCUUCAAUCUUGGACCACUCCCGAUGAUGACGGAGUGCAAAAAGUCGCCACGGAAGUCAUGCUUGGAAAAGCCCGGGAGCUGACCAUCACGAAGCAGCAACCCGUCCUUCGUGACGUCGGACGGGCAUCCCGGUCCAGCGGGAUGGCCUCGAGCGAGCGAUCGGGCAAGCUGUCUCACUCUCGGGCGUCUUCGAGGCCGAGUUCGUCGUCGAGGCAAGACACCACACAGUCUGGUAGGCACCCCCUCCGCUUGUCGGGCCCGGCCGAGGCUCUUGGACUGACACGACACGCUCAAGCACGACAUCAACCGUCGUUCUCGGACUUUUACGCCUACGUCCAAGGCGAUUGUUCGCGGCCGGGCUCUGCCAAUGGCUCGCAAGUAGGGGUCGGCGGCGUCCGAGGAUCACAGGCGUCCUACAGCGACUACCAAGCGCCAGAGGCACGACGCGGUCAAGGAGAGUCGCGGUCAGACGCCGGCCUCAGUUGUCCUGAGAUGUCUUACCCGUCUCAAGGAGAGUCGGAGAUAUCGGCUAGCCAUGCUGGCGAUCAUGAGACUGCCUUGUCUGUCCUGCAGAAGGGCGGUUCAUCACGUAGUAGUGAAGAUUCCGCCAUAUCAGAUGAGGACUACGAAGAGCAGCGCAUCUCACAAACGCCCAAGGGUACGUAG